GUAGUAGUUUCCCUUUAUCAAAAUGUCUGCUUCCAUGAAGCAAUGCGAAGCAGCAAUAUUGUUUGGAUUUAAUACCCAUGAACAUGGUAAACAAUUUAAAAAUAAGAGAGAAUAUGAAUAUGUAAUAGUUAGGCCUACAGUUUUCAGUAAGCAGAAGAGCAAAGUCAGUUAUUAUUUUAGUAUUAGGACACUGCUGCUCAGGCCUACACUACAACUCUACACUCCAUGCCGCCAUAGUCUAUAGUAUAGAAUUAGAUUUAGAUAGAAGAAGAAGUGUUGAGACUGAUUGUAGUUGUAGUAUUGUAGGCUAUACACUGUUACUCACUGUAUAGCAUUAAAAUUUUUAUUGAGAAAACUCAGUUCACCGAGUCAUCCAGUCCAAUAAGAUCUAACCAACAAGUCACUAGUUAUUUACUUAACUUGGGUUAGAAUAGAUACUAACUGCCUAACUACACUCAGGUCAACUCACUCCUGGCUGGCUGACUGAUUGGCACUGAUAGGGUUCCGGGUUAUUCAUAAAAUCACAAAUAAUUUAAAUUGUCACUCAUCAAUCUACUCUAGCGCUAUGCCCCCCACCCUACCCCCACCCCAAACCAAUGAUCAAUGAAUUUGUGACUGAUAAUGUACAUUUUGCAUUAUCAUGAAGAAGAUAUCUAAAUUUGUGACAAUGACUGGGGGAGGGAGUAAAAAUUGGCAAAAUUUGUAGUUUUCCUGCAACCUGCACUGCAACUGAACAAAUAAUUCCACCUCCUAUUUUAAUUUUACAGUUCAUAGUUAUAGUAUUAUAGUAUAGUAAUCUGUGCUAAACCUCCACUAUUUUUAACUAGUACAAAUGAAAUAUUCACAGGUGUACACGCUCUGCAUUGAAUUAAAAAUGAAGUGUAUUAGUAUUGUGUUGAAAUCCCCAAAUCUAAUCUCACCACUCAGUUAUAUAAUUGAAUUCAUAUUACAAUUACAGUCUAUAGACUAUAGGCCUAGUAACAAAUUAAAAAAAAAAAAAAAUCCAAACAGGUUAAAUAGUUUUAACACAAAUAUAGACACAAAAGUGAUAACUAUAUUGUCUAUAAUAUAAAUAUAAAAAGUAUUAGUAUUGUGUUGAAAUCCCCAAAUCAAAUCUCACCACUCAGUUAAAUAAUUGAAUUCAAAUUACAAUUAAAGUCUAUAAACUAUAGGCCUAGUAACAAAUUAAAAAAAAAAAAAAAUCCAAACAGGUUAAAUAGUUUUAACACAAAUAUAGGCCCUAAAGUGAUAACUAUAUUGUCUAUAAUAUAAAUAUAAAAAUGCAACCAAAAUCAACUUUCUAGCUUUAGACUUUAGAAGAAAGUUUGUUACAAACUGGAAUUAACAGUUCAAUAGCCUUGUUGUCUAGGGGUAAUUUAAUUCUUUAAAAAACCAAUGCUUCAUAUGACAAAUGUCUCUUUAUUAAUUAUUUAGUGUGUCUUCUUCUUUCAUCCUCUUCUCACUCUGCAGCUCCAUUACUAAUGCUCCAUUACUAACUACUCCAUUACUGCUGCUAAAACCAUAACAUCCAACAACGUCAUUUCUUAUACCCAAAUAUGUCACAAAAUACAAAGCAUAUAAUUAAAAACAGCUACACAAAUAUUCUCAGAAACAAACAUGCAAGCGCAGAAAUCGAACAAAUCAGUAACACAGUUCAGUAGGUAUUUGAAUUUUCAAAAUGUCUUUCAGUUUGUCCUUUUUUAUUAUAGUCUGCACUUCUAAUGUUUUGAGACUAUUCUCUUGUAUUCAUUCUGUCCCAUGCCCAUUGUAAGACUGCACUUCAAAUGCUGUGAGACAAUUUUCUUGUAUUCAUUCUGUCCCAUUCCUUACUGUAAGACUGUAAGUUUAAUAUAAUUUUUAUAAACCUUGUUUUUCUCUUGACUUCACACUGCAUUAAAAAAAUGUUGUACUGUUCGCUGAAACAAGCUUGUUGCGACUAGUUUAUUGGUUUUUUGGGUCUUUUUUCAGGUUUUCCCCAUCCCUGAGCAAUAUUUUAAAUUUUCCGUUUGUUAGAUGAGUCCUAGCUCAAUGAUACUUUCUAUAUAUAUUGUUAAAUGAAUGUUCUAGGGGGUACAUUUAAUUUAAUGUGGGUAAACCUUGACCUUUUUUGUUUCACAAAGAUGCAAAUGGGAACCUUAUUCACUUUAGAUAAACAAAACUUAGGCCUGAGUGCCUGUUUCUGAAACAAAUUUAGUAGUUAAGUCCCUUACUUUAUAGAGGUACCUGCCACUGCCAUUAAAAUACUUAGUUACCAAAGUUAAAUGCUCAUUAUUAAUGGCAUUUGAAGACUAAACACUAUCAGACCUGUUUACCCUCAAACUCUCAAAAUUGUACAAUAUCAUCACAAAAUCGUUUAAUACAUUAUCAUAAUUGUCAAAAAAUAAACAUAAGGUACAUAUGAUGUAUACAGCUCAAAAUCAUACAUUGUACACCAAAAUCGUAAGAGUAAACAGGUCUGCACUAUAGUUAAUAUUCUUAGUACUAAAUUAAUGUAGAAUUGGGAAUACUAAAAGGUUAUGGGAUAUCCAAUGUGUCUUUGGUAUUUAUGUUAAUUAAUUUAAUUGUUAAAAUUCUUUCAGGAUCAAAUUUACCUGAACUGGUCCAACUAUUUCUUGAUGGGAAGUAUGAGGACAUUUUGGAAUUAUCUGAAAUAUUGCGGACAAAAAGUGACAGUGAGAAUAACUCCAAAAGUAUAGGCAAUUUCAUUAAACAUAAUGUUGAAAUUUUUAUAUCACAAGAACAGGAAAACUUAGAGCUAAGGUGUGUAUUUGUGUCAGUAUGUAUGUUUUAAAAACUUUAUGUUUAUAUAAAAAAUUUUUUUAUCAGUGAUGAACCAAACUACCAGAAAUUUGCAGAUGACUUUAUGUAUGCAGUCCAGGUCAAAUAUUUAAGUCCAUGUUCAAAGUGAAAGGCAAAUCUAAAAUAUUCAAACAUUAAAAUUUAGAGAGCUCUCCUCAGUGAAAGAAACUAGUAUGUGUGAAGAAAUGCAAGUAGUGGUAUCAGUGUGAGAAGAUACAUUUGUUAAAAUCUGGACUUUUUUCUUCCAGACAUUUGAGUGUUCUGAUACUAGGAGCUUCAUGUCUUCAACUAUUUGUACAGAACAACUGGCUGGGACCACCAACCUCAAAACAACCUCUAGAAUUUUUUCAUGAGUACUUUCAUGAUAAAACAGUGGUAAUAUAUAUUUUGAACAAAAUAAUUGGAUUUAUCCUUUCAAGUCAUUUUCUCACUGCUGAUGGUUUCUGAUAACUAUUAUAGCUGAAUCAUAAUUUAUAUUAUAAAUAAUAUUUUUAUAAGCUAUAUAAAUAUAGUGGAAUCAGCUAUUGCAUGGCUUCCAAAAUUUUGUUUAUUCAUUAUGCAUAUCAACAAAUUGGUUUCAAAGUACAUGAUACAAAUGUAUAGAGUCAUAAAUCCACUUAAACCAGUCCAACUUCAACACCACAUAGCUCACGAUCCACAAGAUAAAUCAGUCCAACUUCAACACCACAUAGCUCACGAUCCACAAUAUUUUUAAAAAAUCAGGUUUUAUUAUGAGAUCACUAAUCUUCAUACUUUAAAAAUCCUUAAAUUUAUACACACAGAAUGUUGUGUCACCUGGCAUUACCACAAUGCUGUUAUUAUUGCUUUUCAGUUGUCAUGCACUUCUAUUUUAUCAAAUUUUUAGAAAGAUGAACAAUUUCAAAUAUCGUUGUAAAUUGAUUUUUUUUUUCUUCUGUUAAUGCUGAUACUAGAAAUUGGUACAAUUGAAUUGAUUUUUACAUUUUACAGUUUUAAAUAUUUCUCAUAUUUUUAUAGGAUAUCGAAAAAGAAUCUCUUCAGGAAAUGAGUGUGGAUGGUGAGACAUCGUAUCCAGGGGCUAAGUUCCUGAUCUAUUUGUACCUUGCCAAAGUUAUUCUUCUUGAAUGUAGAUCCUUUUUCUCACUUAAUCAGGUAAAGCAACUAGAAAAAUGUUUUAUAAAUAAUAAAUGGGUCUCAAAGCUUGAAUGUGUGACCUAUGGUUACUGAAUUGAAACUGCAAAUGGCCUCUCAGGAAAGCUUAGACGAUUACACAAUUUUGAGAAUUCAUAUCCCCAUGAGUAUUUAAAAAGAUGUGUAUUAGAAAGGAGUGUCGUUUAAAGAAGUAUGAGUAUUAAUAAGGUGUGUACUGGAAACGAGCGUUGCUUAAAUUUAAUCCAAAAAUAUCAAGAUAUAAUAAAUAUGUGAUUAACGGGGCUAGACAUUUUUAUAGGUUUAUCUGAUUAUACAAAAGGAAGAAAUUUAAUAUAAUCAUCAUACAUUCCAUUAUUACAUGUCUGAUAUAUUUGUUUCUCUCUUAGACUUGGGACUGGUGGCUGGCUAGAUGUCUCCUUAUUCAGCAGGGUCUUCUGUCAGAGAGAUGUCCAACACUGAAAGCCACUGUUAUGGAGUUGUUGGAUGACUGUAAGUUAUCUUUCUUGAUUUUUCUAUGAAAAGAGUAACUCCACUGUGUUUUUUUUGGUCCUAGACCAGAGGUGUCCGCAACCCCUAGGUGUUCUGGAGGCAAUGUCAGGGGGUACAGGAAUACCUAGAAAAUUAGGUUUAUUUGUAUUUUUAUAAGUAUUUUUUAUUGUGAGGGGUGCGGGAAAUUUGUUUUGAAAUCGAGAUGGGGCUGCAAGAAAUGUUUUGAAUUUCAAAGGGGGUGCAGUGCUGCAAAAUGGUUCAGAACCCUUAUCCUAUGCCAAAAUGUGUUGUUAAAGAAAAACUUUUACUGCAAAAAUAAUAUGAUUAAAAUGUAGCAUUAAAAAAAUAAUUGUUAUACUAUUAGGUUAAACAUAUUUCAUUUGAAAAAGAUCUCAAGCAUGUUUUGUUAAAGUUUUAUAAUUUUCUUAGAGACUGUUAUGGUCAAUUGUAAUGAUUUUAAUAAUGCUCUGAUCCAUUGGGAUCAUGUACUUUUUUUCCUCUGCAUUGAAAUGUAUAUUAAUCAGUUGUAUAUGAUUAUAUCCACCAUAACAUUAAAUAAACCUUUUCCUUCAGUGUCAAAAAGGGAACCUUUGAUGAUAGAUGAUUUAAACAGGUAGAGCCAUGUAGCAUUUAUUUAAAUAUAAUUAUUUUUCAAUAGUUUCAGCUGUUCCUGUAUUUAAAGUGUAUAGAAAUAAAUGCUCAAAAUACAGUAAUUCAAGUUUAUGUUCAAUAUUUCAUGUCUUCAAACAAUUAACUUUUUAAAUGUCCCCCAAUGUAUUUUCAAGUUGUGUGACUAUUAAAUAAUAUUAAACCCAUUAAAUUAAAAUCAUUUACACCUCAGAUUAUUUUAAUACUCUUGUUUGUGUUAUUAAAUUUCCAAUUUUCUUAUAAUACAUUGUUGUAAAUAUUCUUGAAAACAAUGCAACUUUGUCAUCACAGGGAUAUUCAGAUUUUGUUCCACAUUGAAGCUGGACAUGCUUGCCACACAUACUAUGAGUAUAAAAAAGCUGCCCAUCAUUUUGCUACUGGAAAGAAAAUUGCUGAGAUUGAUGUUUCAUUGACAGGUUAGCAGACUUAAAUAUUUAAUUUGAAUUUCAAGGAAGAGUUGAAUAUCAUUUUGUGUAUUUUUGUCUCCUCUUUUACUUUAAAAACUAUAAUUUUUUAAUAAAUUAAACAUUUAAAUUUAAAAACCUUUUUUAUAUUACUCCAAAAAAAAAUUAUUUUUUAAAAGGUAACUUUUUUUUGAACAAAGUAUUUAUUAAUGUUAAUCAAAACUUUUUUUUUUAUGUUUUCAGGUGCUAUGGGGAAGCGAACACAUUUUCAGGAAGAGGACAAAGCACAGCUUGUUUUGCAUGUUGAGAAACGUUCAGUAAAUGAUAAAGAGACGCACAAUUUUAAAGGAAGUUCUAUUUUACCUAAGGUAACGUAUGCCUGAAAAAUAACUUUUCUGAAACCGCAGACCAUUUAAAUGAUCCUUAAUAAAGAUAAUGUCAUUUAAUUUCAAAUAUUUUGCAUUAAAACAUUCACUUAUUAGUUUGAAACUCCUUUUUAAUGUUUCAAAAUAACCAGAUGAGUCUACAAUUUAAAAUAACCAAAAGUUUCAAUAUUUUUAAAUCAAUGCAUGAUCUUAAAGAGCAUGAGAAAAUUUAUAAAUAAUAAACAAUUUUAAGCAAAAUAUUUCCUCCUUCUCCAUAAGUUAAUUUUUUAAUAAACGUUUUACCCUCCCUGUUGUAGAACUUGCUUCUUGAUGAUGACACAGUUUUAAAUAGCAUUAAGUUUGCUGAUGACACAGUCACAGAGACGGCCAACAUUUCACCUUUGGAACAGGCCUUAAUCAUAGGACUCAUGUAAAUAUGUUAAUAUGUGAACCAUUUUAAAUAUUUUCUUGCAUAAGGGUAAAUUAGUAGAUAUAAAUCAUAAAACUUGGAAAGGUUGUUUACGAAAUUGGGCCUCAGGACAUCGUCACUGGUGAACAACUUUGAUUCUGUUCUAACAUUCAUAUUCAGUUUGAGACUUAACCAUGAAUUUUAUAAUUUAUUUAAGUUUCGAAAUAGCUUCAUUAAAACUAAACCACUGAGGGAUAAUGUGUUUGGUCAUGUAAUUAUUUAAUAUUAUUCAGGGAAAGUUACCGACGGAGUAUGGCACAGGAUCGACUAACUGAAGAAGAGGUUUUGACGUACAUUUCGGUAAUCAAUAAUAAACCUUUUUAAAUAGAAAUUGUAAAAUGUUUAGAAUCAGAAUGUACCAGUGCUAAACUGAUAGAUUCAAUUUAAAUAUAAAUUUCCAUGAAAAGAAGAACUUUUGAAUAGUCUCUUUUUUCACUGGGGUUUUUUCAGUACAUCUUAAGCAACGUAAGCAGCUGGAAUGUUUCACUGGUGGCACUGAAUUUGAGAUCAAGGCUAGAAAGAGACAGUCGCAGGAGAGUUGAAAGGUCCAUGAUGCAACUGGAGGUGUGGACAUUUUUCUUUACUCACAUUAAUUAAAGGAAUCAACCAUAAUGACCAGGAACAAUACUUGAUAUUUAUAGUAAUAACUUAUAUGAUUCAUGAUGUUUAAGAUUUAUUUCUGAAAGCUGUUGGUUUUAUGGGUUGUUUAAUCAGAGCUGAACCAGUCCAUGUGGAUCUUAAAACUUUCCCUUCUCUUUAGAUAUAUAUUAAUUUUUUUUUUUUAAGGCCUCUUACUCUUAACUAAUAAUAAAACUCUAAUAACUGCGAGUUAGUUUUGUAUAUUUUUUUAAGAAGUGUUAUUCUCUACAACUUGUAGUGCAAGCGUUAAAAAAAUGUUGAAGUUCUUAUCAAGUUAUUUUUUGUGUGCCCUCAAUUUCAAUAUUGCAUUUGCCAUGCUCAAUUAGUAUAAGAUAGUGAAGAUCACAUUACAUUUGAGAUAAGUUUUUUCACAAUUAUGGUUUUACUAUGUGUUUUUAAGUUAAGUAAUUUUAUCAUUGUUUAAUGAGUGUCUUAAUACGCGUUAGGCAAUGUAUCAGCCCAGCUUAUGAAGAUUCCAAUUUUUAAUUUUCAGGAAUUGGUGAAAAUAGCAGGUGCUCCCAACUCAUCACCAGAUAUAAGCUGUCGUAUUCCUCUCUUUUAUGCUUGCACUGUUCCUCCAGUUUGGAAAGUACAGGUGAGAAUAUUGUCCCUUUUUAAAGUGAAAAAAGUCAUUGCAAAAUGAAAUCAGGUUAACCCACCGUUGAAUUUCAUUGAAAUUUCUCCCUGAAAUGUUGUGUGACAUGUAAGAAACCCAAUUACAUAUAGUUAACUUUAACAAAUUCAAGUCUUCAAUUUCCAUUAGGAAUUAUAUUGUAUUCAUUUUAACAUGCCAUUAUACAAGUUGUAUUCCUUUAAUUGUUAUAUUAUAAGUUUAAAUUAAUUUCUGAUAAUAAAAACAUAAAGCCACCAUUAAUUUAUUAAAAGCUCAAUUCUGCAUCUGGUUAGAGUGAUAUCAAAUAUGUGUUAUUCCAUAAAGUAAUUUUAAUUCAUCUAAAGAUUUUGUCAUUUAUCCUUUUCAGGGAGAACUUGCGGCAUUGCUCCUGUCGCUUGGUUGUAUUGGGGAUGCCCUCAAUGUUUACGAGAAACUGGAGAUGUGGGAAAAUGUGAUCUCUUGUUACCAAAGAUUAGGCAAAAGAGAAAGGGUUUGCUUACAUUUUUUGAAUGCACUUAAGCUUAGUGUUAGGGAUGUCUGGCAGGGUAAGACAAAAUGUUCAACCUUAAAAAUAAAGUUAUAGUACUUAUAGGCUGAAACUGAAAUGAAAUCGUUUUUUAAUUUAUUUAAAUUAUUUUACAGUUUCAGCCAUUUUAUGUCAAAUGCCUCUCAGUUAAGUGCACAUGUGUUCUUUAAACUUUAAUUGUUGAUAAAAUCUUUGGUGACUUUGCUGUUUUGAAUUAUUUUAAAAAAAAACUAUCUGUCUUUCAUCCUUAUGUAACAAGCUAAUUAAAAUAGGAUUGUUUAUUGUAAAUUCUUACAGGCAGAGACAGUAAUUAGAGAGCGUCUGGCCAUCCAGGAGACUCCAUCUCUUUUGUGUUUCCUGGGUGAUGUGACUCGGGACCUUCAGCAUUAUCAACGAGCGUGGGAAAUCUCCAACCACAAAAGUGCUCGUGCCAUGCGGUGUAUGGGCUAUGUUUACUUCCAGGAACAGAAGGUAGUCCAGAAUAACUGCUGCUUCUAUGCUUUAUAAAAGGAAUUAUGCUUUUAUUUUUUUUAAAUUGCGGGAUUUGGUAUAAUUUUUAAUGCAUAUUUGUUCAAUGCUUCACAAAAUAUAAGAUACUGUUCAUUAUGCUAGAAAUAGUUAUUUUUUAUUUCAUCAAAAAUGAGCAGGAUUUAUUAUGUUAAUAAAAAUAUGAAUAAUCAAUAUUCUUUAUUAUACAACUGAUGUACCGGUAAUAUGAAAACUGAAAAGAAAUUGGAACAUAUCCUUGACAUUGUAAGUGAUAUAAAAAAUAUUUCAACUGAUCAUCUUCUUUUAGUAUAAUACCUUGUUCCGCUAUUUCCUUCUCUUUUCAGUUUGAAAAAGCCGUUGAGUGCUUUGCCACAUCUUUGAAAAUCAAUUCCUUGCAGGUUUGUCAUUUUCUUUUUUUUUUUUAAAUACUAUUAUCACUUGCAACCAAAAAACCAUUUUUACAGUAAAAUUAUGGAAUUGCAUCAGAUGCUGACAGGAUACCAAAUACUGUAGUUGUUUGAUUCACAUCAAAAUGAUCAUUGUAUUUUGAUACCAGCAACCACCAAGGUAUUUUGUUUUCUCCAGAUUCCAGUGUGGUUUACCUACGGCUGUGCCGCCAUGGCUUGUCAGAAGUUUGAAGAUGGCGCUAAGGCGUUCAAGCGAUGUGUCAACAUAGACUUUGAUGUAAGUCCUCCGCUCAAUGUCACACUGUUAGGGCUCAUCUUUUACAUUCUUUGGCCACACGAUCAGAUCAGCUUGGCUCAUUGUCAUCAGGUGUUUGUUUCUAUCUCCUCAGAACUUUGAAGCAUGGAGUAACCUUGCCACAUGCUAUGCUAGACUGAAACAAAUGUAAGUUCAACUUCAGUUAACUCUGAACCUUCUGCCUAAUGAAACUGACAAAGCCUUAUUUCAUCUCUUUUUACAUUUAUCUCAUUAGUGAGUAACUCAUUAUCUGGGGUCAAAAUAAAGAUGCAUUUGAUGAGGGUACUAAUUCUAAAACUCUCAAUUAGAGAAUAUUUUUCUUGAUUUUACCUCAAUAAAAUUUUAUUUGGGUGAUUUUUCAGAAUGCCACGUGCGUAAUUUCUUGCUUUAAUAAUUCUUUCCAAUUAGAAAAAAAGCUUACGCCACUCUUCAGGAUGCCCUCAAGUGCAACUACGAGAGCUGGAAAUUAUGGGAAAAUAGCUUGAUAGUAAGAUGAACAUUGUUUUGUUACUUGACUUCCUGUAUAAUUAUUUUCUCAUCAGAGUAACAACAGAGUGAGAGAAAUGUGGGUUGCUACAGAAAAGAUGUUUUUUUUUAAAAAUAAAAAAGCUACACAAUUAAUAAAGAAAUUAUCUGUCUGUUAGAUUGGCACAGACUGUGGGGCAUUUGAAGAUGUCAUUCGCUCUUAUCAUCGUCUCUUGGAUCUUAGGGACAAAUGGAUCGACAAUGAGGUAAGAUUUGAGGAGUUAAUGAUGGGCAUUACUACAGACUUCUCUCAUAAAUUAUUAAAUUAGGUCUUUACAUAAUGACUUUGAUGAAUGGCAUAAAAACCAAUGUAACUGAAUCAAAUAUGCACCAUAUAAAGUAAGAUAUCACUGUAACUGAAUCAAAUAUGCACCAUAUAAAGUAAGAUAUCACUGUAACUGAAUCAAAUUUACACCAUAUAAAGUAAGAUAUCACUGUAACUGAAUCAAAUAUGCACCAUAUAAAGUAAGAUAUCACUGUAACUGAAUCAAAUUUACACCAUAUAAAGUAAGAUAUCACUGUAACUGAAUCAAAUUUACACCAUAUAAAGUAAGAUAUCACUGUAACUGAUUCAAAUAUGCACCAUAUAAAGUAAGAUAUCACUGUAACUGAAUCAAAUAUGCACCAUAUAAAGUAAGAUAUCACUGUAACUGAAUCAAAUAUGCACCAUAUGACAUAAGUUAUUACAAAUAUAAUAAAAUAACGGAAGUAAAAUGUGUUUUUAUUUGUAAUGCAUUUAAAGAAACGUAGCAAAUAAAUUACUGGGUACUUUUAAAAAUUACUCAAAUGGGUCGACAGAUUCUGCAGUUUGAAAGAUAUCUUGACAGUUCCACAAGAGUUAGCUUAGUUUCACUCAGUUAUCUACUUAGUCAAAGAAUCAAAAGAUAUCAUCACAGUCCCGCAAGAGUUAGCUUAGUUUCACUCAGUUAUCAACUUAGUCAAAGAAUCAAAAGAUAUCAUCAUAGUCCCACAAGAGUUAGCUUAGUUUCACUCAGUUAUCAACUGUCAGUAGUCAAAGAAUCCUAGAAACAGCCCUUGCCUCAUGUGUCACAGAACGAUGUACUCUGUACUCUGCUAGUUGUUUAAUUUAUCACCAUUUGCCACCCUCCACCUUCUUGAUCACAACUUUUGAUAUCAGGCGUGAACAGUUUUUUAUGGGAUCAUUGAAUUGUUUCUGAUAGUUUAUUUAGCAAGACUAUACAUUUGCUAUCACUAACCUUCUAAAAGUGGCUUUUUUGGUUUUGUUUUACAUUUUUCUAAUCAAUAAUUCUUUUCUUUACAAGAUAUUGUAAUCAAUUUUUAUACAUUUCUCAAGGUCUUAUCCAUUCUUACAAGAGCUGUGUUGGAAAAGAUUCCAGAUGUUGAUGGCAGACCUGCAGAUCGACUGAGGGGAAAGUUGAUGGAACUGUUUGGGAGAAUAACAUCAAAGGUAAUGGAGUAAAUACUAGCAAUUCAAUGUCUGAUAAAUUGAUCUAUAGGUCAGUCUAAAUAUCCAGCACAGUGGUUCAACCAGUGAUAUAAAGGAUAGGUUUAUUUAUUAGUAUUAUUAUUGCAGGUUUCUAUUACUGGAUGACAAAUCAGUUUUGUCAAAACAAGUACCGGUACUCUUGUCUGUAAAAGGUGCUAACUAUUUUAUGUAUUAUGGCUGUGUUUAUACAACAUUAGAACAUGAAUAAAACUUUAGAGAACUUGUUAUUGUCUGCUUUCAGGUGACAUCAGAGGGAGACAUUUGGGCUAAUUAUGCCAAGUUGAGCAGUGCCAAGAUAGGAGACAAGGAUCCAGAGCUUGAAAAGGUUUGACCAAAGAUUUAUCACGAUAUAUGCUGAUUUAUCUCUUCUUAGUUGAGUUGAAUGUAAAAAAAAAAUGAGAAAAAUUUAAGAUUGAUUUCUUUAAACUUUUUUAAAAUUCUUAAUUUGAUCAAUUUAGAUGGAUUCUUUUUCAAAUUAAUAUAAAGCUGCUUUUAAGUCCAAUUAUAUUUUUUAUUUCUUAAAGUCUGCAAUCCAGAAUGAAAAAAAGUCUAGAGCCUUUGUUAGGGUUAAAUUUGCUUGUCCCUACAAAAGUUAAUGUGCAUGAAUUCAUUUUUCUUAACUUAGGUGCGCCAUUUGUUUUAAAAUGAACACUUUAAUUAUUUAGAUUUGAUACAAAUUUUUUUUUUAACAGGCCCUACAAUACCUACAGAAAUCCCAUCGAUGCUUGACUCAGAAGUUGGACUGGGAGAAAGACAUUGGUGUUUGUCAAAAAGUUGCGUACCAGGCCAUUGAUCUAGCACAACGUAAAGUUAUUUUCUUGACUUUCUUGACCAUUUGCAACUUUGAUCAAAUUUAUAGUAUAGUUUAUUUAUUGAUCAACAUACAUUGUUCAGGGUGAUUGUGUCUUUUAAUGAACUUAAGCGUUAUGACCAUUUGACACUCUUCCUUUUUAGUUAAUCUGCACCAAGGCUUUUAAUUGUUCAUUGGCUGUUUCCAUACAAUCAUAAAAAGGUUUCCUAUUAGUUGGAAAUAUGAUUUUUUUUUUAUAACAGUGCACAUGCAGUGUUCUGAAGGGAAGUCACAGCCAGAGGUUUUACAGCUGUUAUCAGCAGCAAAGCUUAUGUUGAAUGGAGCUCUUGUUAAAAUUCAGGUAGAUGUUAUAUUAAGAUUUACAAGUCUUUCAUACCACCAAGGGGCCUUUAUAUAUACAUAUCAGUCACCCAUGUAGAUCCAGCUAUAUUUUUCCCAACUCAUAAUUCUUUCGAAUGUCACAACUUAAUCCAUUGUGAUAUAAAUACGAUUUUAAAAAUCUGGCUCGUUCGGAAUAUUGACAAAAUAGUACUGAACUGGCAAUCUCAGAUGUUUUGUAUAAACAGUAUAAUUAAUAGACGCUUGCUUGUAGAACUCAUUCUUUAAAUUUUCCAUAUGUUUAGAGUCUUAAUAAAAAAAGUAACUCAUUCAAACCGAAAUGAAAAAUAUAUCUAUUUUUUUCCUUGCUUAAGUUUUAAAGAGUCUUAGAUUCCUUGAUACAUUUAUUUAUGAUUUUUUUUUAUAUACUUGCAAUCAACAUAUUUUAUCUUGAUUAAUUAACAUAAAAAGUUAUUUACUAUGAAAUAUGAAUAAAUUAACUUUUUCUUAAAAAUUGUUUUUCUUCCUCCAGAAACAACACACUGAUCCCAUCACCAAAGUGCUGCUAACUGAAGCAGUGGAGAUGUGUCAGAAAAUGGAACAGAGAAGAGAUGAGAUCAUCUGUAAAAUUGAUGUCAUUAGAAAUGGAUGAUCAUUUUAUGACUCUGAUGAUGAUCAUUUUAUGACUCUGAUGAUGCUUGUAAUUAAUUAUUUGUAAUUAAAUGACCCCCAC